AUGCUCGAGCUCCUGCUCAAUCACUGUGCUCCGGCGGGGUUGAUAUUCGAGCAGGCGGAGGAAAUAUUAACGCUAGGGGUGUUGGUAGGGAAAGCUCUUUUUGAACGCUCGAUUCCCGUUGUGGUACUUUCGCCUGAAGAUUUUCAUGGUCUACGUGACUGGCAAUUCGCAGCGAUCGAUACGGGGCGGGUUCAGCUUGGUGGCGUGCCUUUGCCAACCCCACCAUUGCAGCUUUAUCCUAUAGGUAACCAGGUCAACCUUUCUGAGUUGGACAAAAAUGUCCUUGCGGGGAAGGAGGGUGCGGCUGUGAAAAUAGCCCUCAAUAUAAUCCUUCAGUUCGCCGCCAUCCAGGGCGCCACUCGUCUUAUUGAUGUUUCGCGCGCUCACAUCGACGCUUGCAUUUACACCGGCCCAGCUAGCCUCACAUUCGCACAGACCUUUCAAAACCUAGGUGCCCAAUUCAUGAUACCGACGACAUUGAACUCAAUAUCCAUUGACCAGCGCCGAUGGAAGGAGCUGGGAGUUGAUCCUGAGCUAGCAUUUCAGGCCGGCACACUUGCCAACGUCUAUCUUUCCAUGGGCGCACAGCCCAGUUUUACAUGUGCGCCGUACACUCUGGACACUGCGCCGAAGGAAGGUGAAAAUAUUGGCUGGGCAGAAUCAAAUGCGGUCGUUUUUGCAAAUAGCGUUCUUGGGGCCCACACGCAGAAAUACCCCGAUUUCAUUGAUGUGUGUAUUGCUUUGACCGGUCGGGCCCCUUCAGCCGGCUGUCAUACAGCGGAAGGUCGCCGGCCGGAUAUCUUUGUCCAAGUGCCCACCGAUAUCCGUGCGAUCGAUGAUUCAUUCUAUCCAGUCAUAGGGUAUUUGAUCGGAAAGGUCGCUCAGCACCGCAUUCCCCUAGUUUGUGGAGUUGAGCACCUAUCCCCGCACCGCAUAGAUCUUAAAGCCUUCAGCGCUGCCUUCGCCACUACUUCAUCCGCAGCCAUCUUUCAUAUGAGAGGGGUGACUCCUGAAGCUGGACAAUUCGCUAGCAUGGAGUCUCAUCUACCCCGAUUUGAAAUCACAGCCUCCGAGAUCCUAGAAUGUCGACGAGCCUUGAACUCCGCCACCGACCCAUCUGUCGGUCUCGUUUCUCUCGGAAACCCGCAUUUCGCCAUCGAAGAAUUCAAACGCCUAUCUCACCUUACCGUGUCCCGGCAGAAAUGUCCAUCUGUCGAAUUCAUCGUCACUACCAGUCGUAGCACAUAUGAGCAAGCUUCCGCAGCCGGCAUUAUUGCCACUCUAGAGGGCUUCGGCGCGACAAUAAUCACAGAUACUUGCUGGUGCAUGCUCGGGGAGCCGGUUGUGCCGAAAUCGGCCAGGAAUAUCAUGACAAACUCGGGUAAAUAUGCCCAUUACGCGCCCGGGAUGGUCAAUCGGGGCGUUCAUUUCGGUAGCUUGGCCCAGUGCGUGAAUGCUGCUUGCACGGGGCAGUUUAUUGAUCCGUUGCACAAGUCUCAUUCUUAA